AUGGCUUCCACAUACAGCACUGUGACUCUGGCCCAACGGCCCAAGGCCAACAUCGUCCCUGGCGAGACAUUCAAGUUCAACAAGAACAACAAAGCCCCUUCAGCAAGCGACCUCAAAGAUGGAGAGGUCAUCUUCGAGACAAACUACCUGAGUGUCGACCCUGCCAUGCGUGGAUGGCUCAAUGACACAAGGUCAUACCUGCCACCCGUCCAGAUCGGGGAAAUCAUGCGAGGAAGUGCCCUUGGUACGGUGAAAGCGAGCAAAGAUUCCAACUGGCCUGUCGGAACCCACGCAUCAGGACUGGUAGGAUGGACGGAGUUGGCGGUCGUCAAGGGAAAGAAUCUUGAGAAGAUUAAGCUGCCCAAAGGAGGGAGAUUGACUGAUUCGAUGGCUGUGCUGGGUAUUACUGGUCUCACUGCAUACUUCGGACUACUCGAUGUUGGCCAAGUUAAAGCUGGAGACUUUGUUGUCGUGUCUGGUGCUGCUGGUGCUACUGGCAGUGUUGUUGGACAGAUAGCUAAGUUGAAGGGCGCAAAGGUUUUGGGCAUCGCUGGAAGUGACGAUAAAUGCCAGUGGCUGGUUGAUGAGUUGGGCUUUGACGCCGCUCUGAACUACAAGGAUAAAGACUACGCGAAAAAGUUCAGAGCUGCGACCAAGGACUUGAUUGAUGUUUUCUUCGACAAUGUUGGUGGCGAGAUUCUCGAUAUCGCUCUUUCCCGGGCAAAGCCUCAUUCCAGAUUUGUCAUCUGUGGAGGCAUAAGCCAAUAUAACACCGCCAAGGCGCAAGGGCCGAAGAACUAUCUCAUGAUCAUCUCAAUGAGAAUAAGAAUGGAGGGUUUCAUCGUCUUUGACUAUGAGAAGGAAUAUCCACGUGCACUGAGAGAUCUGGCACAAUGGCUCGCUGAGGGCAAGAUCAAGCGAAAGGAGACAAUAGUCAAAGGCGGUCUCCAAAAUGCAGAGAGUGCGUUGAGAGAUCUGUACGAGGGACGCAACACUGGCAAAAUGCUGGUUGAAGUCAAGCCUGUUGAGGAGAAACUCCAGGCUUCUUUGUAG